GCAAUCGAAACCUCGCCACCACAAAUCUCCCGCAGGCAGUCGAUCUUGCAUUUCAGUAGGGAGAGUAUUUGGUUGUCACUCGAUACAUGCCUCAAGGAAUUGAGAAAUCACAUGAGUGAUACUGAGAAUAGGCAAUAGCUUGCAGGCGUUGCCCAUCCCCAUAUCAUCGUCUGCGCGACUCAGGGUCGCUCACCAUGUCUACGGCCAUGGAAAUUUGUGCUCCUGCCUCUUCUCAAUCGAGCAGUCCUGCUACCAGCCUACCCCUACCUUGAGCUGUAGAGCGCCAAGACCCGUCGGUGAUUUUUUCAAGAACAUAGAUACCCACCCCAAAGGCUGUCCCUGUUAUAACAUCUGAUCACUAUCUGAUUCUCCUCAGGCUCCCAUGGAUGAGACAAACCGUGUCAAAGCUCUUGUGUGUUCCGCCCUCCUCUUGUUAGGGAGCGUUUUCCUCACCAACUUUAACGACUGUUGUUCGAUAUCCGUUCCCCAAUAUUGUCAACUCUCAACUCCAAGCCGAUGGAUCCAAAGGUACUGGUGAGCAGUUUUCAUGGGUACCCAUGCUAAGGUACAGGCCUACAAAUUAUUCUCCAUUCGGUCUGGGAUCUACAUAGAUGACAGGGAUGCUCUUCUGCCCAUCUAUAUAGAUCUCAUACUCCCGUUUAUAAGCAUUUUCUUCUAACUAGUUGAUCUGUAGGUCUUGUUCUUUCUUUAGCAGUGGAUCUCUGCGAUUGCAAAAUCAGACAAGCGGCCUAAUAGCGACAAUGGCCAACGUUUUGGAGAAACAAG